AUGUUGCAUGGAACUGCUAUAGAGCUAAGAAAUUGGUUGAAAGAGUUAUGUAAGGUUUAUAUAGAGGAAUGUAGUAAUGGUGAUGGUAAUAGUAGUGGUAAUGGGAAUGGUAAUGGAAAUGGUAAUGGAAAUGAUCAUUGUAAUGGUAAUUAUAAUUGUAAUGGUAUAGGUAAUAGUAGUUGUAAUAGUAACGGUAAUGGUAAUGCUAAUGGAAAUGGAAAUGAUAAUUGUAAUGGUAAUUUUAAUGGCAGUGGUGAUGGUAAUUUUAGUGCUAAUGGUAAUGGCAAUAGUAAUUGUAAUGGUAAUGCCAAUAGUAAUGGUAAUGGAAACGACUUAAGCAACAAACUUGUAUGCGCUCCUAGUACACUUUGUGGCCAAUAUUUAGUAUUAUCGCGAGACGGCAAAAGUAGUGCAACAGCAUUUGGUCAUUUGGCCGCGGCCAUCACAACGGCAAUCGCCGCCACGACCACUACAUGA